AUGUUGACCAUCCGCUCCCUAGCCAUCUUCCUCGCUCUCGGCGCUCUAUCCGCCGUCGACGCAGCGCCACAGAACAACAGGGGAAACCGGAGUGGGAGAAAGAGCAAGAACGGAAAUGGUGGUGGACAGCAGCAAGCCGCAACGGCGUUCCAGCAGGCGCAGCAGAUACCGCAAGGUGUCUCGACCGCUACGGACGGGAGCACCAUCUUGGACAUGACUGCCCAGGUGAACGGCCUCCCCCUCCGCUUCAAGGUCUCCGCUCCCGCCGACCAAUUCACCACGGACUCGGGCGUAACCGGCGCGACCCAAGACGCCAACGCCGCCGGCGAUUUAGGGCUAAACAUCCUCCUCCACGGCGACGGCGGGCAAUCCUUCUUCGACUUCCCAAACCAAGGCGUCCUAUCCAACCUCGCCGGCGUCGCCGUCCUCGCGCCGGACCCAAAUUUAUUCUGGGGCGGCGGAUCCGGCCUCGACCGCACCGACGGCGUCGCGCACGCGCAAGCCGUCUCCGACCUCGUCGCCACCGUGCUCCCCUCGGUUCUCGCCUUCAACGCGAGCAGCGUGAGCUUCACGGGCGUAUCCGGCGGCUCGCUAUUGCUAAGCGGAUUCCUGCUGCCGGGCCACAUGGCGCAGUUCGCGGCCGCGGGGCAGGAGUCGCAGGUGCUGCUGAACUGCGGCGGGUUAGAACCGCAGGUGGCCGUCAGCGCGGACAACGCGGCCGCGCUCGCCAACACGCGCAUCCACUUCCAGAGCACGCAGCAGGAGCUCGCGUUACUGCAGCCCGCGAUCCCGGCCGCGAUCGCCGCGUACGAGCAGAUCGCGGUGGGCGAGGGGUUGGAUGCGGCUGCUGUGGGGGCGCUGCAGACGGUUGAUAACUCGCCGGAUGGCGGGCACUGCGAGUUCGAUGAGAAGGAUUUUGUAUCGGGCGUCCAACUCAUGGCCGACUCGUUCUCCGCCGUCAUGCAGGGCGGCGACGGCAUCUUGGCCGGCACCAACGUCAAUGUGCUGAAUCCGGUGGUCGGGAACGAGGACUUGUCCUUCUCUGGUGCCUCGUAG